AUGGGAGCCACAAAUGAAACAAUGGUGACUGAAUUCAUCUUGAUUGGGCUGUCCGAAUACCCCAUAGCACAGACUGUGUUCUUCUGUUUGUUGUUGAUGACAUACCUCAUCACCUUUCUUGGCAAUGGCCUCAUCGUCAUAUUGAUUAUUGCUGAUCCUCACCUUCACACACCGAUGUAUUUCUUUCUUUGCGUCCUCUCCUCUGUAGACUUCAUGAUCUCCAACAAUACAUUUCCUGAGACCCUGGUCAACUGUUUCUUUUACAGGCCCACUAUCUCCUUCUACAGGUGCUUAGUUCAGAUGUAUGUUGGUGUUUUACUCUUUGUGACAGAAUGUUUCCUGCUCGCCAUCAUGGCGUAUGACCGCUUUGCAGCCAUCUGCCAGCCGCUCCACUAUUUUCAGAUAAUGAGCUGGAGGUUUUGCGUCAGUUUAGUGACUGUGUCUGUCGGCUUUUCCUCACUGACAACCCUCACCAAUAUAUUGUUGCGUCCUACUGACUUCUGUGGACAACACAUCAUUGACCAUUUUGGAUGUGAGCUACAAUCGUUCCUCAAACUGUCCUGUUCUGACACACGUGCCAGUGAGCUCUUCAUGCAUCUUUCCAGCAGCUUUAUCAUAUUGCUACCCUUUUGCUUCAUUGUCGUUACGUAUGUGCGCAUUGGCAUAGCUGUCCUGCGCAUGAGCACAACAAAGGGUCGGAAGAAAGCCUUCUCCACCUGUAGUUCUCACCUUACUGUGGUCAUCGUCUUUUAUGGCACAAUCAUAAUCAUGUACUUGAAGCCAGAACAGACUUCAUUUUCAGAAGGGGAAAAAAUAAUCUCUGUAAUGUAUGGGGCUGUGACUCCAAUGCUCAAUCCCCUGAUCUACAGCUUGAGAAACAGAGAUGUGAAGGCAGCUUUCUGGAGAGUGAUUGAAAGGAAAAUGUUAGAUUAA